UUGGCUCUGGUGGACAAAUGCUAAACUUCUUACUGCACAGGACCUCAGUUGCAGGAUGACCCGUCUUUAUUUGUUGCUGAACGUUUACACUGUCCGGCCAUUGCCCUUCUAUAUAUUGGGAGCUGAGGAGGGGCGAGAAGAAGGACAUUCUAGAUGUAACGCGAUUGAACCAGGGAGGGUUUGGCAGGAAGGACUGCCCAAGUAGUCGCGGAGGCUCAGGGAAGGAGAGAUCAGUGGUACAGUGUGAGGUCUGGAGCAGCGGCCGGACACGAUGCUGUCUGUGGCGGCAGUGGUGGCGGCGGCAGCAGCAGCCCUGGGCUUGCUCCUGCUACUGAAGGUCAGGCUGCCGUGCCCGUUCGAGGACGCGCUCUUUCUACUCCGGUUCGGCAGCUUCGGCUUCAAGUUGCUGCGAAUCUACUUAACCGGCAGGGUGGUCACCGUGCUCGACCGCUUCGCUCAGCGGACGAAGUCGAACCCGAACAAGACCUUCCUCUUAUACGAGGGUCGCUCUUACACUUACCGGGAGGUGGAUAGAAGGAGCGACCAGGUCGCCCAGGUCUUCGCUCGGCCCCGGGCUGGGUUGCGAGCCGGGGAGACGGUGGCCCUACUGAUGAGCAACGAGCCCGACUUCGUGUGUGUUUGGUUCGGCUUGUCCAAGCUGGGCUGCGCCCUGGCGUUCCUCAACACUAACAUGCGCUCACGGUCGCUGCUGCACUGCUUGGACGCCUCGGGUGCUACGACCCUGAUAGUCGGAGCAGAUCUAAUUGAUGCUAUGAAAGACAUUCUUACACAUAUCAAGGAGAAUAACAUAUCAGUCUGGGUUAUGGGAAAAAGCUGCAUAUACCAAGGAGUGAAUACUCUCGCGGAUAAAGUGGAAGAAGCACCUGACAGUCCUGUGCCAACAUCGUGGCGAUCUACACACCACUUGAAAUCUACCUUUCUUUAUAUAUUCACCUCAGGAACAACAGGGUUACCAAAGGCCGCUGUAAUAAGCCAUCUACAAUCCUUGAGGGCAAGUGUUGGAUUUUCGAUUUUUGGAGUCACUAAGGAUGAUGUCAUCUAUAUUUCACUUCCUCUGUAUCAUGGUGCAGCCUCUCUCUUAGGAAUUGGUGGUUGCAUUGAGCUAGGUGCAACAUGUGUGCUAAAGAAGAAAUUCUCAGCCACCCAGUUCUGGAAUGACUGCCGAAAGUAUAAUGUUACAGUAUUCCAGUACAUUGGAGAACUCUGCCGCUAUCUGUGUAAUCAGCCAAAGUCAGAAGGAGAACAAAAGCACCAAGUACGCAUGGCUGUUGGAAAUGGUUUAAGGACUGAUGUCUGGAAAGAAUUUCUCAUGCGUUUUGGUAACAUUAAGAUCUGUGAGUUUUAUGGUGCAACAGAAGGAAAUAUCUUCUUUAUGAAUUACACAGGCAAAAUGGGAGCUGUGGGACGAAGCACAUUCCUUCAUAAGGCAUUUCUGUCAUAUAAAUUGGUGAAAUAUGAUGUUCAGAAUGAAAAGCCCAUAAGGAAUGAACAAGGAAUAUGUGAAAUAGUUAACAAAGGUGAGACUGGACUCCUCCUGUCUUCAGUGACUAAGUGGAAUCCAUUCAGUGGUUAUGCUGGAAACAAGAAGUAUUCAGAACAGAAGCUCCUCAGAGAUGUUUUUAAAAAGGGUGACGUGUAUUUCAAUACUGGGGACCUGAUGUCUGAGACUGAAGACAGCUAUAUUUACUUUCGUGAUCGGGUUGGGGACACUUUCAGGUGGAAAGGGGAAAAUGUUGCAACCACAGAAGUGGCCGAAAUAAUUGGAAUGCUGGAUAUGGUGGAAGAAGCCAAUGUGUAUGGGGUAGCUAUUCCAGGAUAUGAAGGCAGGAUAGGAAUGGCAGCAAUCAUCCUGAAACCAGAUCAAGUGUUUGAUGAAAAAAUUAUAUAUAACCAUGUUGUGAAACAUCUGCCAAGCUAUGCUUACCCGCGCUUCCUAAGGAUCCAGGAAACCAUGGAGAUGACUACUACAUUCAAGAGAAAAAAAUUGAAUUUGGUAGAAGAAGGAUUUAAUCCUAAAAUAAUAACUGAGCCCUUGUAUUUCCUGGAUACAUCCGAGAAAUCUUACAUUCCUAUGACGGAACAAAUCUACAACCAGAUUUUGUCAUUCGAGAUAAAAUUAUGAGCCAUAUUUACGAUCUGCAGAUUUUACUAUUAUGACGACAGGAAUCCAAUAUGACCACUGGAUCAGCAAAUAAUUUUAUAGUGUUAAUUUUAAUACCAAUUGUAUUUUAUCAACAUUAUAUCAGAAGAUGGAAUUUUUUUUAACUUGUAUAUAAUUUUAACUUGUAUUUCUGUAACAAGAUAUAUUCUUGAAACUAAAUACAUUUUAAAAAUACUUUCUAAACUAUUUAAAAGAAGUCUGCAUUGGAUUUUUGUUUGAUUGAACAAAGCAGUGUUUUAAAUGCUCCCAGGUGGUUUUUAGUGAUGUCCUGCACCAUCAAUAUGACCCGUUUAAAUUCUUAAAUUUCCUGCACCCAUAUCCCAAUCUUUGUUAAAUGCAUAGUUGUAAUCUUAAUUACAGUACCCAUUUCAUUCCUACCAUUACAUUUGCCUUGUUUUUGACUAGGUCCCAUUUCAGAGAAGGUCCAAGGUAAGAACUAACUACUUACAGGAGCGUCUGCAGAUGCUGGAAUCUGGAGCAACAUAAAUAACAUUUUUAUCCAGUUCCCCAGGCUUCAGGAAUCUUAGCAUUUGCAAGCAGGCAAGACAUGCUGACAGAAUCCAUAUCAUUCAUGGGAAAGUGAUUUUGCAGCACCACUUGUGAGCCAGGAAGGCCAGGAGUUGCUCUUCUAAGCUCAUCAAGCUGCUUAAUAAACCUCAUGUCAUGAUCUGUCUGUUCCCUUAUCCACCAUCACACUCAUGCUAUGUGAUCUGGACACUUGGACUCCCCGUGAUCCAGGUCCAGCAGUCUAUGAUAUGAACCAUUCCACAACCUGGAGCCCACUAUAAUCUAUUUCCCUUUCCCCACAAUCUUGCUCACCCCUCAGUACAUUAAUAUACUCUCAAAGGGCUACACUCUGUCAAUUAGAAUGUCUGUGGGCAAGAAAUACUGGAGUUAAAUUCCACAAGACAUCACCAAUACCCAUUCUACCACAUUAGUAUAGGAAGGACUCAGAAUUGGGAAGGAGCCUGGUUUCACUGGCCAGUUUUUAAUAAUGUACUAACUCCUUGCCAUCCAUGUUUGCAAUUAUCUUUCCCUCUAUUCACACUGGAGAACAAUGCACGUGUUGUGGGAUUGUCAUUCUGAAGAAUGUGCUCAAACGUUGUCUCCUUUUCACAGCAGCCUGAUCAAAGUCGGGUCAAGAAAGCAAUGAAAAAUAAAAAGUUGAUUUGAAAAAAUAUAAUCAAAAUCACAAACCAUUAUAUCUAACACAUUUCUGUGAUGGAAGAUCAUCUACCUGAAUUGUUAAUGCUAGGUUUGUUCUGCAUUGUUACCUGCUAUUUUUCUCUUUAAGCCCUACCAUUUUUUUUCAUUUCCACUUUGUUGAGCAGCUUUACCCUACCUCUGGGAUGCAUGGGGUGACACUGAUUCUUUCUCCACUGAGGAAGAAAAUAAAAUGUAUAAAGUAAUUGAGAAAUACAGGAA